AUGAAGUGCCCAGCUUUCCGCUUCGGUUGGCUUCCAGCAGCAUUUUGCUGCCUUGCGCCAUGUAGCGCUUUGCUGCACAGCAGUCACAGCAGCGCCGGUCGGCGGCUGAGCCAUUGUGAUUCAGCAGCACCCAAGAACUCAUGUUGCAAUUGGCAGUGUGACAGCAGCAUGGGAUGGAUGCCACGACAUCCGCAAAGUGAAUUCACGGGGAGCAGCGAUGAGGAGUGUUGUCAGAGGACAUGUCAGCACUUUCAAUGCCCUACGGGAUAUAAGGCCAAUGCCUUGUACAAGAGCAACACCGGCUGGUCAGCGGAAGUCUGUUGUGACAAGACCUGUGAGUCCUUCGAGUGUCGGGACGGAUAUCGUGUGGUGGAAGCCGCAGCGUCAAAGGUGAACCUCACGCACGAGGAAUGCUGUGCUCAGACCUGCGAACUCCACCAGUGCGGCGUCUUGUGGAGCCCCUCGGAGUACCGAUCCACGUGGGUGGGCGACUCGGACCAAGUCUGUUGCGAACCUCGCUGCGCGCUGAUGUCCUGUGGUGACGGAUGGGCGGUGAAUGACCUGAAAGUGGAUCAAGUGGGUGUGACCAGGGAGGAAUGCUGUUCCAAGACUUGUUCGUUGGUGAAAUGCGCCGUUGGGUGGAAAGUGCCGGAGAACCGAUUGAAGAGCGUGCCACAGAAGGAGACGGAGUGCUGCCAAAAGACCUGUGAACAUCACGUUUGUGGCCACGGCUAUGUGAAGGAUGCCACCAAGAAUGGCUUGUUUAAUCCUUCCAACGACCGCUGUUGUGAGAAGACCUGUGCUGCUUUCCAAUGCCCGGAGGGCUGGGUGCGCGAUCGAACGAAAUCCAAGCUGCUGGCAACCAGUGCCGAGGAGUGCUGUGAGAAGAGCUGUAAGAUCCACGAGUGCAGUGAGGGUUGGCUCACCAACAGUUCCAAAGCCUCCGUCCUUGGCUCCAGUGAUGAAGUGUGCUGCGACAAAACCUGUGCGGUUCAUGAAUGCCAAAAAGGCACUCUACGACCAUCCCCUUCCAAAGAAGGAGGAGUUAGUGAUGAGCAGUGCUGUGAAUCCAAGCUGUGCCCCGAACUUCGCAAACUCAAAAAAUCCCCAGCAGGGCACUGCAAUGGCUUUUCGCAGGAAGAGUGUGAAGGCUACUAUACAAUUUUGCACACCGCAAAAGAGAUGAAAUCCAAGAAUGAAACCGUGAAACCUGACACAGACGUCUUUGUGAAGUGCGUCUAUGACAAGGAGUUUGACCUGUGUUCCGAACACAUCCACUUGAGUACUGCAGUUCUAUUGCGGUGCCCAGAUGUCCAUCUCCGCACGGGCUGGGCUCAAGCCUCGGGUAGAUCACCAUGGUCACUGACCAUGGACGAGAAGAAGAGUGACUGUGUCAAAGUCGCCGUGCGCCUCAGACCUUUGUCGACCAAAGAAGUCGGCAACAAUGAGUCCAGCAUCAUUGAACUGGUGGAACAGACUGCAGCCAGUGGUGAGACAGGCAGUGUGGUCAUCAAUGACCCCGAGAAUAAGGAGAAACCCUCCAGCUUCGCUUUUGAUUUAGUCUUUGGCACCGAAAGUCUACAGGAAACGGUCUUUGAGGCCAUUGGCCGUGCCGCCGUGAAUUCCACCCUGACGGGGUACAACGGGACCAUCUUUGCAUAUGGACAGACUGGCAGUGGGAAGUCCUGGUGUAUGAUGGGCGGCUCCGGUGAUCUGAAAGGCAUCAUUCCUAGGGUCAAUGAAGAACUGUUUGCACAGAUUAAUGAACAACAGGCCACAAGUAGCCGGCAAUUCCUUGUCAUGUGUUCCUUCUUCGAGAUCUACAAUGAAAUCAUUUUUGACUUGUUCAACCCCUGUGCAGAUCGGAGUAAGCUGGGUGCUGGCUUGCAAGUCAAAGAGCACCCCGUGCUCGGAAUUUAUGUUAAGGACUUGCAGGAGAUCGUGGCCAGCGAUGCUGAAAAGUUGGUGCAGCUGAUGCACAGCGGCACCAAGAAUCGAGCGGUGAGCUCGACCUUGAUGAAUUCAGUGAGCUCGCGGUCGCAUUCCAUUUUUACCAUUAAGGUGCACCAAAAGGACGAAGAGGACAAGUCGAAGAACGUCUUUGCCAAGCUGAAUCUGGUGGAUUUGGCGGGCUCGGAGAGGCAAAAGGGCACUGGAGCCAGUGGACAAACCUUGAAGGAAGGUGCCAACAUCAACAAGAGUUUGAGUGCCUUGGGCAAUGUCAUCAACGCCUUGGUGGAAAUUGCGAAUGGGAAAAAGACCUUUGUUCCCUUUCGCAACUCCAAACUCACACGCGUUCUGCAGGAAUCCUUGGGUGGAAACUCUCUGUGCACCAUGUUGGCGACGCUCUCCCCAGCAGCAUCAAACUAUGAGGAGACGAUGUCCACUUUGCGAUAUGCCAACCGGGCCAAGGCCAUCAAAGUUUCAGCCACAAAGAAUGAGGAAGCUUCCCAACUCUCUCGGCUGAAUUCAGAGAUUGAAGAACUGAAGAAAAAACUCGCUGCCUCGGAGAGUGGAGCAGGUGGGGAUCGUGGAGAUAUUGGUGUGGCAAGUGCUGAGAGGAAAGCCAUGCAGGAAAAGCUCCAGGGUCAACUGGCUGACAUGCAACAGAUGGUGAGUAGCACCUGGGAAGAUAAGGCCAAGCUAUCAGCAGAUCAUGAAAGUCAAAUCAGCAAGGCUUUGGAUGACCAAAAGAAACAGACCAAGGCGAUGCAGGAAGAGUGUCGCAAACGCCUGCGGGUCUUGGAAGAUCAGAAUGAUUUGGAACUCUCCAUCAGGGGCCUGAUGGAUACGCUCCAGUCCUUGCCAGCAGAAGUUUGUGGUGGAGCAACCCCUCUGCCACCUCUCUGUGAAAAGCUGUGUUCAUGUGAGCUCCCUCAGCAGUGGUUGAAACUGGUGGCCGACAUAGCGGAGAUCGUUGAGGAAGGCAAGAAGGAGAGUGCCAUGGUGGUGGCCUAUCAGAAUGCCUUCCGUGAAGAUCUGAGGCUCUGGGUGGAUGGCGAAGGAGGAGAUGAACUGCCCAUUGCACGCACCGGGGCUCGACGUGCGGUGACCAAGUUGGAAACGCUGAAACGUGAAGUGGCCAAGACCUGUAGCUCUCAAACCUUGGGCCGUUCCAAGGUGCAAAAUUUCAUUGCUGCGGUGCGCGAAACGCAUGAAGAAUGGCUGACCCAGGGGGUGGAUAUCAUCAAGGGAGAUCUGAAAGAAGAAUCUCCUGACACAGGUGAUGCAUCCCCGAUUGUGGAUCAUAGCGGCGUGUCCCCCUUGUAUGCGCAGGUGCUGAAGGAUAUUGAUAGCAUCCUGAUUCUGAUUCAAAAUCAAGCCCGGAUCAAAGUUGAUUCCAACAUGUCCGGCGAAGCGCAACCGGUGGCUGAACUGGUUUUACAGGGCCUGGGGCUCUUAGGGCUCGCAAACCCAACGGCCAUGUCCCCGGACGAGGAACUAAUUCGAUCAUUUCUGGGCGAAGGAAGUGGAACUGAAGCUCCCAAGGCUCCCAAAGCUCCCCGGGAGUCGCGGCCCAUCCAGGAGUGGUCUGUGGAAGAUGUGGAUGAAAGUCCUGAAGGGACGGAGUUUGUUUUGAAGCAGGUCAUCUCACUGGAGACCCUGAACAAGAAGAGGACAGCCUUGGAGUUAUUGGCUCGACCACCACCCAAAUUUGUUCAUGAUGUGGCCAUUCUGAUCCAAGAAAAGACAGGCUUCAUGCAGGCAAUGUCCCAUGAGUGGCCAGAACAAUCAAGGGAUGCUCGCAUCGAACUUCUGCAAUACAUCGCCGACUCCAGUUCUUCCUGUUUAGGUGCGCGGAUUGAUUUUGAUCCCUCAGAUGUAUUGAAAGGGAAGGAAGUGGGCAAGACCCUUCGGCUGCUGCAGCUCUUGUCGUUGGCUUCCAUCAAAUUCAGCGCUCAGAGGGAGAAGCCCAUGCUGGACCGGCCCCUCUCCUUGCAACGCAAGGCCAGCAAGACGCGGUUGGAUGAGAUGAGCCCAUUUCUGGAGGCCGUGUCCCGGUGCCUCAAGGCAGUUCUGGAGCUCCACGCGCGGGGGGAUGGGCCAUCCCCCACCAGGGAAGAUCCCACGUUUCGCGCCAUGCAGGACCGCUUGGAGGCCGAACAACAGCUGCGGAGACGCAACGAGGAACGGCUGGUGCAGCUGCAGGCGGAGGCCCAAAGCCUGACCCAGAGCUUGGCGCAACAGCAUGAAGAGCUGGAGCAGGUGACCCAAGCAGCAGUGGCCAGUGCGGAACGGAAGGCCAAGCUGCAGGCAGAAGUCCAGCUUUCUCGGCAAAGACUGUUGGAGAAGGCUUCAACUUUAAGGAAUCCCAAAGUGGAAAACCUCAAGGCUGAAAUGGAUGAUGUCAUGAGUUCAGCUGAACACCAAAAGAACGAGAAGAUUUCUUUGCAGAAAACUUUGCAAGAAAUGAGCCAGGAACAGAUUGAAGCCGAGACAAGGCGGGAGACCCUACAAAUGGAGGUGCAGCGCAUGCAAGCCUCGGUUGCCGAAGCGCAGGGUUCGUCCAAUGAUGAAGUGCUUUUGGUGCAGGCAGAACAUGAGAAGCUGAGGAUGAAAAUUGCCUCCCUAGAGGAGAAGAUGCGACAAUUCUCGGAAGAGGAGGACAUAGAAAGAGACCAAGAGACACAGCUAUUGGAGGAGAAACAACUGGUGAUGCGAAGAAGCGAAGAUUUGCAAAUGCAGUUGCAAGUGAUUUUGGAAGAAAGGGAUGGCCUACGGGAAGGCAUGGAUCUACUGUGGCAGGAGAAGACUCACCUGGAAGAAGAGCUGGAGAAUGUCUCAGAAGGCUACAGCCAUUUGUCCAAUCGUUUGAUGGAAAAGAUCGAGGAAACCAGAGAACUGGAGGAACAGAUGCAGCAAUACGAGAAGAGCAUGAGAGCAUUAGAGAACGACCAGACCAGUCCGGUUCCACCCUUUAAGAUUGACAAAGCCAGCCACGUCGAUGUCGGCGCAAUUCUGCCCAACUUGUCGCUCCGACCUGGUCUUGGGAGGCUGUCUUGGGAUGCUUGGUUGGGACGUGGUGGGCCAGGUGCCAACCUUCUGAUCGUGGAGAUUGGACGGAGUUCCAGCUCCUCCUUCAAAUGCAGGACUUGCCCCUAUGUCUACCAGAUUCGGGAAAAGCUGACCUCCAAACAGAUGAUCGUCCGAAAGGAGGUGGACGACGUGCUCGGUGGAGCGGAGGCCUGGAAGGAUGUGGACCAGUGCGAUGCUCACUGUCCGAAGUGUGGCAAUGGCCAGGCCUAUUUCCGGCAGAUGCAGACGCGCUCGGCAGACGAGCCCAUGACCACGUUCUACAGAUCCGCCAAAAAAGAGCUGCGAGCGAAAGGAUAUGCAGAUGUUGGUUUUCAGAUGGACAUGCCGGAAGCCACGCUUGACUCAACCUUGGCCUUCACCAACAAGUGCUAUGUGUCGCAGUCGGACCUGCUACAGCUCUGCCCCUCCAGGGAGACUUCCCCUGGUGCAGGUGGAACUGGCAGCUACAUCGAGGUCAAAAGCUGCGUCUUCAGUGUGGAAGCCCAUCGCGCCAUGGAACCAGGGACCAUCGCUUUCAACAAGGUGCAGCGGGAGUUCGCUCGAAUUGGGCUGAACCAGGAGGUUUUUGCCAAACAGUUCACUUUGCCAAAGGGCUUCGACCUUGGGACCUGCAAGUUGGAAGUGGAUUACUUCCUGAAACCAGCUGCAGACACUCCGAAGCUUGAGGUGAAAGACGAAGAGCUGGAAGAAAUCAUGAGGAAAAACUUCCAAUUUCAGGUCUUCACCGUUGGCCAGACGAUCGCAGUUGACUACAACGGCACCCUGCUCAAGUUUGAUGUGCGAAGUUUGAUGCCACCGGAUUUGGGCGAUGGUGCAGCUGCAGCCCAGAAGCUGAACAGCGGCCUUUUGGCCGCGCUGACGGAUUUGGACUUUCAGCAGGGUCCAUCAGGCAAACUCCACGUGUUGAGUAACAAGAUCCAGCAGCGGAGUAUCUUCAGACCGGACUUCAACUUCGAAGAUUUGGGCAUUGGUGGCUUGAGUAAGCAGUUUGGCGACAUCUUCCGGCGCGCCUUUGCGGCCCGGGUCUUCCCUCCACACAUGAUCCGGGACCUGGGCAUCAGCCACGUGAGGGGCAUGCUGCUGCAUGGCCCCCCCGGCACGGGGAAGACGUUGAUCGCCCGGAAACUGGCGAAGUUCCUGAAAGCUGCGGAACCCAAAAUUGUGAACGGACCAGAGGUCCUGAACAAAUAUGUGGGACAAGCAGAGGAAAAUAUCAGGAACUUAUUCGCUGAUGCAGAGAAGGAUGAGAAGACUUUGGGCGAAAACUCUCCUUUGCAUGUGGUGAUUUUUGAUGAAAUUGAUUCUAUCUGCAAAUCUCGAGGGUCCACUCGAGAUGGAACCGGAGUGCACGACAGCAUUGUGAACCAAUUGCUCUCGAAAAUCGAUGGAGUCGACUCAUUGAACAACAUCCUGCUGAUCGGAAUGACCAACAGAAAGGAUUUGAUCGAUGAGGCCCUACUGCGGCCUGGGAGGUUGGAGAUUCACGUGGAGAUCUCUCUUCCUGAUGAGCAUGGCCGUGUGGAGAUUCUCAACAUUCACACCAAGAGUAUGAGGGACAAGGGCUAUUUGGAGAAAGAUGUUUCCAUCCCAUCGAUUGCCUCCAAGACCAAGAACUUCUCAGGUGCUGAGCUCGAGGGACUGAUCCGUUCAGCGACCUCUUACGCCAUGAACAGAAAGGUGAGUUUCACAGACCUGAGCAUCAAAGAGGGUGACUUUCGGAUUUCCAAUGAGGAUUUUGAGCUGGCCCUUGACGAAGUCAAACCGGCCUUUGGUCAGCACAGCGAUGAUUUUGAGAAAUGCAUCCCCUUUGGGAUUCAGUCCUUUUCAGAGGAGUUCAAACAUACGGUGGGGUCAUGCAAAAGCAUCCUGGAGCAAGUGCGGAGCUCUAGCCAUACGCCCAUCAUGAGUUUGCUCUUGCAUGGCUCCAAAGGCUGCGGAAAGACGGCCCUGUCCGCCUUUUUGGCUCAGGGAUCAGACUAUCCUUUCGUGCGAAGGAUUGGUAGCGACAAGUACGUGGGAUAUUCCGAGCAGGCCAAGAUUUCAGCCAUCGCCAAGAUCUUUGAGGAUGCGUAUAAGAGUGACCUCUCCUGCAUCGUGUUGGACGACAUCGAAAGGUUGGUCGACUAUGUUCGAGUUGGACCUCGCUUCUCCACUCCUGUCUUGCAGGCCCUGUUCGCGCUGUUGAAACGACCACCUCCAAAGGAAAACAGCCGACUGCUGGUCAUUGGAACAGCUACCGAUGCUCAGUUUCUAGAGGACGUCGAACUACUGCACGCCUUCAAUGUGGCCCUGGCCAUCCCCGAGUUGUCAAAUCCGUCCGAGUACAAGGCGGUUUUGGAACCUCUACCCGGGUUCACACCCCCUGCCGUGCAAGAGAUCAGCGCCGGGCUCAGCGGGCAGCGGGUUGGCAUCAAAACCCUCUUGCUGGUAGCGGAGAUGGCAGUCCAACGUGAGAAUCCUGUACAGAUUGGAGCCUUCAAGAUUCAUCGAGAUUCCACAGAUACCCUGGGAGCUGCGCCGCCAGUGAGGAUGAGGGAGCCCGAUCAGUCGCAAGGAGAUGCUUUGCGAGUGGGUGCUCUCACACGGCUCAAAGGUUUUGUGUCCGUUUUGGGAGAAGAACUGCGUCGAGACUUGGAUUCAGGAUCUCCGGACUCCGAGGGUUGGCAACUCCGCCAGGCAAGCGUGGAAAGCCGCCAGGUUCAAUUGCAAGAACUGCGGCAGAUGCUGAACGAUGUGCGCGAGACGACGCCCGAGGAGAUGCGACAAAUUCGCCAGGCCUCCAACGUUCGCCCGGAGCCAAUGGCGACUGCAGAUGCCGUGGAUGGCGUGGUUCAGGAGUUGCAUGAUGCCAUUGGAAGAAACGUUCGCUUGGCACGUCGCGAGGCUGUUUUGGAAGCCUACUGCGAGGAGCAAAACAAGAUCCUUCGCUGUGUGGAAUCGUCGGAAUCCCGCCUGAAGGAUUGUGAAGCCCAAGAAUCUGGAAAGAUCGAGGAGCUGAAACAAGCCAAGUUGGCAGCAGAACGUGAAGCCUUGGAAAUGAAGGUUUCAUGGCGGAAGGACCGCAUGGAACUGCACAGGGUGCAGAUGGAACUUCAACAAGCACAGCAAGCUGUCGCUAACUUGCAAGAGCAACUCUCAGAAGUUGCGCAAAAAGAAGAAGCGCAGCGCGGCCUGUUGCAAAGUGCUCGAGUAACAGAUAUUCAAGCGACUGUGUGGCAAUCCAAGGUGGCGAACCAGGCAAAAGAUCUGGAACGACUCAAGUCCAGGUGUGCUGAACUUGACAGCGAAAGGAUUUUGAACCGUGGCUCUUCCCUCGGACAGUAUCAAAGCCUGGAGGCAUGGGCUGCCGAUGCCAAGCAGGUGGAAUCGCAACAGGCGCUGCAAAAGAAGAUUUUCCAGGAACGAUGUGUGGAGCUACAGGCGAAGCUGGACAAGUCCAGGGUGGCGUACUACGAAAAGGGCCGGGAGUUGCAAGUCGUGAGGAUCCAGCAUGAAGAGGAGAGGCAGCAGCUUCAGCAGCAGAAAGAUGAAGCGCUCCGGGGCCACCAAAGCAUGGAGAAGGAGAAGAGGAUGCUCCAGGAAAAGGUCACCGACCUCGAAGUCCAAAUCGCGGAGUCUUUGUUGAGCAGCAGCUACCACGCUUCCCAGCAUGGUCAACUGCGCGCCCGCGUGGAAGAUCUCUCCACCGGGGGGAAGUCGCAGGAAUUGGUACAGCAACUGGCUGAGCUGGACGCGAAAUACCAAGAUUUGGAAGGGCGCUAUGCCGUGGCCAAUGCUGCCAGAAGCGGUUUGGCCCGGCAAUGCGGCCUGCUAGAGGAGGAAAAUGCACGGCUGGAAGAGAGCUUGUCCAAGGAGCUUCGCGACAAGGAGGAUCUUCUGGAGUCCCACGCCGAGUCGUCGGUGGCCUCGGCUUCGAAGCUGGCGGAACGGCUGCGGCACUUUGAGAGGCAGCAGCAGGAGCUGGAAACAGAGGCAGCAGAGGAUCGGAGCAGGUUGAGGAUGGAACUGGCCAAUGCAGAGGCGCAACAUGCGGACAUGGAACGGCUGAGGGAGCGAGAGAGACUCGUGGAACAACUCAAGAUGCAGUACCACUUGGCUCAGAAAUUGCUUGUGAGGUUCCGAGGCGUUCACGACGCCUUGGCCUGGAAAGAUUUGAUGGCGGAAGUGGACCUGACGAUUCUCAGCAUCGCCCAGGCCGGCGGUGCCAAAGGGAUGGGACAGGGGAUGGUCUUGACGGAGCUGGUGACCCAACUGCACCACCUGGCGGAGUCGGCCCAGCAGCAGACGGAGCGGCGGCAGAUCCAGCUGGAAUCCGCGGAGUCGGCGGCGGAAGCCGCGCAACAGCAGCAGUUUGCCGCUGAACUUCGGCAGGAGGAGUUGGAGACGCAGAACCUGCGCUUAGAAGCGGAACUGGCCAAGACUCAGAUGAUACAAAGCACCUUGCAGGAUUCCAAACCGUUGGCCUUGCCUGAUGACUUGCCGGAGGAGUACUCCGCUAUCAUCAAGGAGGUUGUUCUAAAUGGAUGGGACUCAGUUGAGUGGGGUGGGAAUUUCACUCUGCUGCAUUGGGCUGCCAUGCAAAACCGUCAGCAUCUUUGCCAAUCCCUAUUGGAGUUGAGAGCUAAUCCCUCCCUGCGAGACGACACGGGAAUGACUGCUGCAGACUAUGCCCGGGAAAAGGGCCACCAAGAAGUCACGGCCACGUUGCAAAGUGUUCAUUUGCUGAAGCGCUGA